AUGAGUCCCCCAUUUCGUGUGGUGAAGGCCAUUCAGAUGGAUCUUCUGAUGGGUGGAGCUCUGUUUGACAAAGGUGAUGUCACAUGUUUUGUACAAGACUCAGACUUCAGCAACAUUUGCACCAAAGUUGUUAUUGUGGAGUACAGGAGGGGUGUAAACACUGAUGAUGUCGUCAACCUCGACGACGACAAUGCUGAUGACAGUGAUGGUUGUGAUGAUGGUGAUGAUGAUGAUGAUGGUCAUGGUGAUGAUGAUGAUGAUGAUGACAAUGACGAUGAUGGUGACAAUGAUGAUAAUGGUCAUGAUGAUGAUGAUGACAAAGACAAUGAUGAAGACAACAGUGAUGAUGACAAUGACGAUAAUGGUUAUGAUAACGACAAUGAUACUGAUGACGAUGAUGGUGAUGAUGACAACAAUGAUGGUGAUGUUGAUGACGGUGAUGAUGACUAUAAUGAUGACAUCGGCAAUAAUGAUGACGAUAAUUGUGAUGAUAACGAUGAUACUUAUGUUGAUGAUGAUAAAGAUCACGAUGAUGAUGACAGUGAUGACGACGGCAAUCAUGAUGACGACAACGAUAAUGGUCAUGAUGAUAAUGACGAUGAUACUGAUGAUGAUGGGGAUGACAGCGAUCAUAGUGAUGAUGACAAUGACCAUAGCAACAAUGACUCAGACAAUGAUGGUGGUGACGGUGAUGAUUAGAAUGAUUAUGGUGACGAUAAUGAGACCAACAAUAACAACAACAAUGACGAUGAUGAUGGUGAUGACGAAGAUGAUGACAAUGACGAUAUUGACAAUGAUGGUGAUGAUAAAAGCUGCUGA